UUAUCAUGUCAGAAAUUAUUCUAAAUUUAGGUAUUCAUUAUAAAUAUGGCCCACUUGCUUUGUGUAGAAUCCAAACCACAAGAAGACCACUUGGACCAGGCAAACUAAUUGUAUAUACAUGGUUUGCCUCUGCUGCUUCUUUGGCAAAGACCAUUUGGCUAAUGGCUGUAGCACAACAUCAGUUUCACUUGGACUGCAGUCAUGGCAGGAGUCCAAUUAACUCAUUACGUAACUAUGAAGAAAUAGCAUGUGAACUAUCAGGUAGUAUUAUGUCAUCAAGUUCCACACCGAGCUUGAGGACGAGUAAGAGUUCACCCAGUUUGUCAGUAUUCAAACGGGAAGGGCUAAACGGGGUGAUAGAGCAUACUAACUCUGACCAACAUGACUUAAUGGCAGCUUUAAAAGCACGGAAAGAAGAUUUGGAAGAGGCGUUAAGACACAAAAUGGAAGAACUAAAACUGAUAUGCAUCAGAGAAGCAGAACUAACAGGCGAAGUCCCUCUUGAUAUCCCACUGGCACCUGGUGAAGAGCCACCAAGAGUCAGAAGACGUGUUGGAACGUCCUUCGUUUUGAAUGAUAAAUUGUUUCACAAGGCUCGAUCAAAAAAAGAGGAAGCCUUAACGAAAGUGGAGUUAGAAUAUGAAAUACAGAGCAAGAUCACCAGCGCAGCUUUAAAACUUGCUAGUGACACAACUGUGAAGAGAAACGUGAGAAAACAGAGAAAAACCGCUCAUCAACGGGCUCUUAUCAAGCUUAAAGACUUGGAACAAAAGUUAUCGACACUGAAGAAACAAACAGAAAUCAUGAAAGCCAACCAGAGAAAACCAUCAUCUGAUGGAGAACCAAGUGAAGACAGUAUGAGUCAUUCUACUGAUGAAAAUGGUGAUAAAAGUUUCUUGAGUGACGAAAAUGAUUUGUGUGGUGUUAAUUCCCAGCUUCAAACUAAGCCUAAUGAAAAGAAGAAUUUGUUAAACAAAGAAUAUUCAGUUUCAAGAAGUCCGUCAACACCAAGUUCUUCUUCUUCACUUCGACACUCUUUAUCUUCGGCUGGUGUACCAAAAAGCCCUUGUUCUGCCCCAUCGAGUCCAACUAAGUAUCGGCAACCUACUCAGGAGCAGAGAAGACGUUGUAGCGUAUCCCUACCGAGAAGUCCUUUCCAAAUUCCAGGUGGCAGAAGAAUAUUGGUACAGACAUUCAAUGAACAACACAAAGCACACAUCUUAAGUCAGGUGAAAACUUCCCCAGUUGCUCGGAAACUCUCCAAACUGCACAGCUCUGGCUCUCCCUCAACAUGCUCGGACUAUGAGACUGUCAGCUCCGAAGGUGGAAGUGCUAUGUCCCUACAGACCAGUCUUAAUUGCCCCAGAUUUGGGUUACCCAUUGAUACGGAGAUUUCUAAUUUGUACAAUGUGAGCAGCCAGAGAACCAGCACAGUGUUUGAUAGUCAGGAUGACCUUUUCACCUUCUCUGUGAGGAAUAAUGAUGAAAAGAAUUCUUUGGUAGAUGAUGGUUUUUCAGAAAGUCAGCCUGGUCUUCCAGAUCAUCCAAAUCGUUCAAGGUGUUUCUCGUUAGAUUUCUCUUCCCAUUCCAACAGUCGUAAAAAACUCCUUAAUGUUCCAAGAGAAAUAGAAAAACACCGAAAAUAUUCCGAAUCUUUUGUAGGCAGUGCUUUUAAAGCCUGGGACAGGAAUGUUGAAGAUCAGCUUAGUAACACCUGUUCUCCAUGUGUAUUAUCUGCAAACACCAGUUCCAAAGAAAAUGAUACUUUUCAUAGCCCUGGAAAGAAUAAAGAUCAGAAUUCUUGCAAAAAUCAAAGUAAUUCAGAAAACAAACGUUUAAAAACUGUGAAAAUAAUUCCAAAAAUUGUUUUCUCAACCUCUAAAGAAAAGCUUACAGUUGACGAAAUGAAUAAUUCUAAAAGAGAUCACCCUUUGCUAAUCAACCAAAAUGCUUUAUGCAACAAAGGGGAUUUUAAUAAGGAUUCUCCACACAACAACAAUCUGAAUUAUUUUAUAAACACCAAGAAAUUGGUCUCGGGUAAUCAACUGACUUCUGACCAGAGUACAGUACCUGAAUGUUCUUCCCUUGUUCCUUCUUUCAAACCUUCUUCAAACUCUGCUCCAGACAAUAAAAGCCAAAACAUUUCAGUGGACAAAAAACAUUCUUUACAUAUUAGUUUUCUGGACCAGAGACGUGGUAGCAACAUUUACAGCUCUCCAGGAAAUCUGACAAACAGAAGAAAAGGCUCCUUUACUUCACAGAAGGAAACAGCACUGAGAGGAAUAAACCGAUCUGCUGAAAUGAAGUCAUUGCUUUCAUUCUGGUCAUCACUGAAUUCAGCAACCAAUAACUGUCCAUCCAACAAUCAGCAUCUUUCAUGUAAUGUAUCAGUUAAUCAACUUCAAUCAUCAAAUACAUUUACAUAUCAGCAUUCAUCUCUAAAUUCACAAACUAAUCAGCAUAAGUCACAAAAAUCAUCAACCAAUCAGUAUACGUCACAAAAAUCAUCAACCAAUCAGCAUACGUCACACAAUUCAUCAACCAAUCAGCAUACGUCACACAAUUCAUCAACCAAUCAGCAUACGUCACACAAUUCAUCACCUAAUCAACAGUCAAUGUUAAGGUUAUCCAACAAUCAAAAUUCACCUCUACAAGAAAUGCAAAGCUCCUAUUUUCAUUCCAAUAGCAGAAUAAAUCAAAAGAGUGCUUGUCUGUUACCAACUAAAAGAAUAAUUCUCAACACAUCUCUUCCAAGUUGCACAUUAACAUCUAAUACCAAACUAGAGAAUGGGGGACAGUCACCUACAUGUAGAUCUAAUGCUUCCAUAGAAAGAAAUUGCUCCCAUUCAGAUCUUGAAAAAGCCAGAAGAAUAGUUACAGAGUCCUCAAGAACAUUGUCAGACAGAAAUUCAAAGAAGACUUUAAAGUCUUUUACAGCCUCUUUUGAGACACCUCAAAGUAAAGCUUUUACAAGUGGAAAAUCAUCAAAUCUUGGUUUUGUCAGAAAACCUCCAGCUAAGCCUAGUAAUCAGCCCCAAGAAGUGCCAAAUAUCACAAUUUCUUCUCCAGAUGAAGAAGUAAGAAGAUUAAGUGAAGAACGUAGCCUUGAUAUACAGUCUCUUCUUGAGUUUGGAGGUUCUACAAAUAGCAGAUCUCUUGCUGAAGAUUUCCACCAGGAAAUGAUAGCAUGGUAUGAAAACCAUCAGGGAGUGAAGAAAGCAACAUUUGUUUAGGGUUAUGCUGGUGAGUUGUCAACAGUCAACACUCUUUUGUUGGAGAAAAUGGCAUAGUCUGACUCUGACUGGUCUGAUUCUAAACACUUACUAGAAAUUAGAAUGUAGGUUUGAUCAUAUCAUGGUAGUGUUCAAAUAAUCUAAUAUAUUUUGGUAUUUCUAAUUUAUCAAGGUGUAAUGCCUAAAUGAAGUUUUUGAACUACAUACUUUUUGGGAAGAUUUUUAAUGGUGUUAAAAGUGGUAAACUUUAAAAAUCAUCCAUAAGUGCUGAACGUGCAUUUUGCGUUUCACUACUCAAAUCCAAUUACAAAGCUGCUUUAUUGUAUAUAUAUAUAGAUUUAUGAAAAGUGAAGCCAGUCAAUAAAUAACUCGGUAUUUAAUUAAAACAUUACAUAUCAUGUGUAGGUUGAGGGUUAAAUAAACUUGUAAAUUGUAUGUCAAUUUUACUGGAAUGAUCAAAACAUUUGUAUCAAGUAUAACGUCAUUAUAUCUAUGCAUAUCAAUGUGAAGUAAGAACUAAAUUAAUAAUACUGAUGUGGUAUGUGUUAUUUGUAAUAUAUUUCUUGCAGCUGUUUUUUCUUCUUCAAUUGUUAGUUGGAUACAAGUAUUGGCCAUGUAAUAAAAAAUACUAAAUUUUUAUAUAGAGAAAAUAAAAUUUUAAAAAUUACAAUCUGUCCCCCCUCACACACACCUGCUGUAUAGUCGUAAUGAAAGUUUUUUUGUGAUGAGUUAGUUUCAGUUUUGUGCAUGCCAAACCCAACCUCUAAACUGUGUGCAUGUAAUUAGCCUAUUGAAAUAACUUAUUACCACCUGGUACAUGUUAAAUGUGAUGUAAUAUAUUGUAUAAUAUUAGUGCCUUUAUGUGCUUUAUAGAAAGAAUAAAAUACACAGAGUUGAAGUCUUAAA